AUUCAAAAGCUUCUUACACCGGAUGUAUGAUUAUGAGAAGUGUCCUUCACACACGCUGCACAUGGUUUACUCGUCACAGCGACAGACGAGACAGACAAGGGAUUGUUAGUGAGCAGAAGCGAAUCGGAGUUGAAUGUGUGAGGCCAUGGAGCCGAAGGACUUCGAUCAGCUCCUCGCCCUCGUCGGGGAAUAUGGGAAAUACCAAAAGAGACUGCUCUACCUCUUCAUAUACCCCAUGGGCAUGAUUCUUCCCUUCUUCAUCAUGAUUUUCUUCUUUCAAGUCGCUGUCCCUUCUCAUUGGUGCCAUGUCGAAGGCAGGGAACGCCUGGGUUUCUCCAUCGAGCAAUGGAAGAACCUCACAAUUCCUGAGAGGAUGACGGAGGAGGGGGUGAUGGGAUACUCCAAGUGUGAGGCGUAUGACGUAUCAUGGAUCGUGAACGAUGUCUUGAAUAAUACCUCGGACUCAGAUCAAGAGGAUCUGUCAGCAAAGGCCAGGGAAGAGUUCCAACGCAAACUUCUUUCGCACCCCCCCGGAAUUUUAAACUGUGACCGCUGGGAGUUCGACCGGAGUGUCUAUGUCGAGACGGUGGUGUCCCAGUUCUCAUGGGUGUGCAAACGAGAUCACUUUCCCGCCGGACUUCUCACCAUUCAGAGUGCAGGACACAUUCUUGGAUCUUUUAUCUUCGGACCUGUCUCCGAUUACUUUGGUCGAAGGGUGACGUUCUUUGCGACGACGACGAUUCAGUGGAUUUUCGGUUUGGCGUUGAUAUUUUCGCCAGAUUUCCCUUCCUUCGCAACGUUGACAUUCGUCGGAUCCUGGGUCUUCCCUGCUGCUUAUCAAAACGCCUAUGUCCUCGUUGUGGAGCAGGUAGGUCCGGAUUAUCGAGGUCUUGUCAAUGGGGCAGUGAACUGCAUCUGGACGGUGGGAUUGUGUCUUCUGGCCUUGAUUGCCUGGCUCCUAAAAGGCCAUUGGAUUCACCUGGCUCUCAUCGGCAAUGUCCCUGUCUUACUCUAUUAUGGAUACUACUGGCUGUUGAAAGAGUCACCACGGUGGCAGUUGACCAGGAGUAAAGUAUCCGAAGUGAGGGACACCAUGAUCUAUGUGGGGAAAGUGAAUGGAAAGGAAAUUGAUCCGGAUGAGAUGGAAAGACUCAUAAAAAUUGUCAAGGAUCGGGAACAAGAUCCCAUCAUUCCUCAAUAUUGGAGUCUCCUCAAGCGUCCCGUGAUGAGAACACGGACAAUUGUCACAACCUAUACGUACAUGGCGGUUCUAGCCCUGUAUUACGGGCUCCACCUGGACGUGGGAACCCUAGGAAGGGAUCCUUACUUGAGCACGGCCAUCCUGGCUGCCAUCGAACUCCCUUCCUACCUCAUCUCCUACUUCUGCAUGGAGAGAUAUGGAAGACGAUGGGUCUGCUCAGCCCUGCUUCUCAUCGCUGCUAUCGGCACUGGACUCGUCCCUGCUUUUUCCUUCGGGAGCUGGUGUCGAAUCCUGUGGGCAGUAGUAGGGAAAUUUGGCGCUUCAGGAGGAUUCCUGGUCGUAUAUCAGCAAGAAAUCGAGGUCUUCCCCACUGUCUUGAGGAAUACGGGACUUGCUUUCGUCUCCAUCGUGUCCACGACCAUCUGCAUCGGGGUCCCGUACCUCAUCUACCUUGGAACAUACCAUGUAUCGAUCCCGUAUGUGACAUUCGCAUUCGUGGCUGGGGUAGGUGCAGUGUUGUCAACAUUUCUCCCUGAAACACUUCACAAGGAUCUGCCCGAAACCCUCCAUGAUGCAGAAACAUUCGCUACAGACCAGAAGUACUGGUCCUUGAACCUUCAUCCCUCGAAGUCCACGUCCAUAUGAUCAUCCCCUCUACCUGUACCGAAUGGCUCCAAAAUACGCGCUGUUAUUGACUCUGUAGAACACCUAUUUUAGGAAUGUAAUGUUCUUGACUACUUUUUAUAUUAAAAGGAAAAAAACUA